AUGACAAAAGUACAUCGUAAAUUAUGCUGUUUACCUUCCGAUGAUUUUGUAUAUGGCAUCAAACAUCCUAAAUACGAGGGUGUAACUGGCGUAGCUGCAGCUCUACAAUAUUGUGAAGUUCCAACCAACAAUGUAUCAUAUUUGAGACCUGUUCCAGAUUUUAUUCGGAUAAAUAAACUUGCUGUUCGAUUAGGUUUGACAAAGGUGUCCGAUAUUCAUCAGGAAAUCAUGGCUAACUGCCCAAAAUUUCGACAUUUUUGCCAUCAUACGUGUGCAAACAGGAGUCGAAUACCCGACAUCGUUCAUGGACAAAAGACCAAUAAACAUCAAUCAAUUCGCGACGUUCUCCAACAGAAAUAUUUAUACGAUAGAUGUCGAUAG